GAAAUAAUGAUUGGAUUAUCACGCGGUGUUCUUGUAGCUUCGUCGGCCAACACAGAUGAUUCCAACUCAUUGACUCACGUUAGAUUUAAAUUUUCAAAUAAGCCCACAACCAUUGAAACCAGAAGAAGUCCAAGUCAAAGGCCAUCAGAUUCUUCUCCACUUGUCAUCGUCUAUAAAAACCUUAAUCGGAGAUCCUCCAGCUUUAGUGGAAGACGGAAGAGAAUUUUCGUUUUGGAAGAGAUGGGUUCAAUGGCAAAGCAAGAACUGUCCGAACAGAGGAAACUGAGAUUUUUGUGUCUUCAUGGCUUUAGAACGAGUGGUGAGAUCAUGAAGAAACAGGUCCACAAGUGGCCGAAAUCGGUUCUGGAGAAGAUGGAUCUUGUUUUCGUCGAUGGGCCUUUCCCUGCGGAAGGGAAAUCUGAUGUUGAAGGCAUAUUCGAUCCUCCAUAUUACGAAUGGUUCCAAUUCGACAAAGAUUUCACGGAGUACAGGAACUUCGACGAAUGUCUCGCUUACAUCGAAGAGUGCAUAAUCAAGCACGGACCUAUUGAUGGUCUCAUGGGUUUCUCCCAGGGAGCAAUUCUCUCCGCUGCUUUGCCAGGUCUACAGGCGAAGGGGAUAGCUCUGGGGAAAGUUCCGAAGAUAAAGUUUCUGAUAGUAAUUGGAGGAGCGAAGUUCAAAUUGGCUUCAGUGGCGGAAAACGCUUAUUCCGCUCCCGUUGACUGUCCCUCCGUCCAUUUUCUUGGCGAGACGGACUUCUUGAAGCCACACGGUAUUACAUUGUUGGAGUCAUUCGUCAACCCCGUAACGAUUCAUCAUCCCAAGGGCCACACAGUGCCCAGGCUUGAUGAGAAAAGCUUGGAGUUGAUGUGGAGCUUCCUUGAGAACAUUCAAAAUAAGUUGUCUGAUCAUGAAUCUUCCUCCAAAGAAGAAGAGAGGACAGCAGUUUGAAUUGGAUGACUCUAAAUCUCCAUUCUUUGAGAUUG